AUGAUGAAGAGUAUAAAUAAAGUUAACAAGAGAGGCUCAGAGUCUCGAAUGUGUAUUGUUCGAUCAGCAACAAUGCACAAAUCUUUACAGAGAUGGAAUAGUUGUUCUCAACUUUUAAGUUUACCCCCUCAGGAUACCCAUGUUAGACGUAUUCAUGUUUACGAUUUUGACAAUACAUUAUACCUCUCACCUCAACCCAAUCGUCAGUUUUAUACAAAGCCUCUAUUAGGCACUCUUUAUGGUGGAGAUUUACUCAACGGUCGUGAUUGGUGGUCAGAACCACUUUUUCUCGAAAAAUCUUUUAAUCAAAUGUUAGCCAUUGAAGAUGAGUCGACUAGAGAACAAGAGUUUUGGAACAAAGAAAUUGUUGAUUUAGCAAGAUCCUCAUUUGAAGAUGAGGAAACCGUAUCCAUUUUACUUACAGGGAGGAAAGAAGAACUGUUUGGGCCACUGUUCGAAAAGACUUUGAAACAAUGCAAUGUAACUUUUUUCAAUGCAGUUUGUCUUAAGAAACCCGGAGUUGGUAAUAGCACGAUGGAGUAUAAGACUGCUGUCUUUAGAGAUCUUAUCGAUGAAUACGAGGGUACUCUAGAGGAGCUUACGGUUUAUGAUGAUCGAUUGUCGCAAGUUGAAAAAUUCAAGACUUUCUUUGAUCAAAUAGGUGGUACUUUCCAGACAAUGGCAGUACCAGUAGUACCUCGUUACAGACCUUUGGAUAAUGAAGAAGAGUGUAGAAUGAUCUUAGAGUUAGCAGGACCUGAUAAUGUCAGAUGGACUCCACGUCAAUGCGGAUUUUUCCUCAAUACACAAUCUCAUAAAAACCUUCUAAGUUUCACUUUUAGCUUUUUCCAAAAAAAGUACAAUUGGAAAGUGUUACCGGAGUAUCCAAUGUAUAUACCAUGUUGUCAAUUGGAUCAAACUCCGCCAGCGGAUCAAAUUGCUCGCAUUUGGACUAAUGAUCAAUCGAACAUAGACAUACAAGAAUGUUUGCAAAAAUUCCAAUCACAGGAUCCAUCUUGUGAAAUUAAUUUUAACGUGGUAGAAAUUGGGUACUGUGGCCGUGCCCAUCAAAGGAUACAUGUUUUCUUUAGGGCUGAACCAUGUGAUAAAUCCAGAUACCUAUGGUCACAGUUUAACAAGUUUAUCGUUGUUGGUCGCCGCUACGAUUCCAGUGACGAUAACUCACUUUUACGAAGAGUCGUGGAGGGCAACCAAUCCUCCGUGCGGUGGGUUAAACUAAGGAGACCUAUCAAGAUAAAGACUUAUUUUGGACAUUACGCAAGACUUGAUAAAGGUGCGAAACUGUAA